AUGAACACGUACAAAGAUAACAAAGACGAUGAGAACUUCGCUGAAGCGACACGGGUGACGUUUGACGAUUUUUACAGACUGAUCCUAAGUGACGACACAGAUGAGGUUGAGCGAAUUCUAACGAGCGGGGAAGAAAUCAACCUUAACACGAUUCACCAACAGAACACUCCCUUGGAACAAGAUGGGCAGGGGCCUACUGUCCGGAUGCCGCUCCUUCACCUUGCCUGUAUGUACAAACGUCUGAAGAUUGCCGAGUUGUUUUUGGAUUACGGCGCAGAUCCUCUCUAUAGAGACGAUAACGAGCAGAAGACCCCCGCCUGGACUCUCCUCAUGUACUGGAUGGUACCAGACCUGCCAGUGAACACGGUGUCGUGCGACGAGGAGGAUGUGGAUGAAAUACAGAAGGCCUUUAUAAGGAAUCGCAGACGACACCUUUGCACCGCCACUUCCCUUCUGGAUAUGCUUCUUGAGCAUUCAAAUGAUCCAGACCAACCAAGCAUUACUAAGGGAAGGACCUUGUUACAUUUGUGUGCUCAAAGAAACUUGGUCAAUCCGAUUGAACAUCUGAAAAAGUUCAAAGCCUCCAUGAAUGAGCGGGACCAGGAUAUGUAUACUCUGGCGAUGCUUGCUGCCUUUCACGGAAACAUGGAAAGUCUCAUGGAGAUGCUGCGUCUUGGGGCGAGUACACGAAAACGGGACAACGCAGGUCGUAACAUUGUCCACAUCUUAGCGGGCUCUGAAAGAAUCACGGCAGCGCAGAUGGCAUUCAUGUUCAAGAAGUUUCCUUCUGUAACGGAAAUUAUCAACGAACAGACACACAAUGGAGAAACUCCUCUUCACCAUUGUGUCGUGCGCGGAAACGGCGAGAAAAUUCACUUGCUGCUCUCUAAUGGCGCCAAAAGUUCCAUCAGAGACGUAUAUGGCCAGACACCUUUGUAUCUUUUGCUAAAAUUACAUAGUAUAGUUUGUGUCUAUCUGGGCUUCAUGACAUUGCUUUCAGAAACAACCCAGUUGAGCCUAAAGGACGCCGAAGGAAACUAUCCAAUCAAAUUGAUGGAGGACUCCCCACGUCACGUGAGGCGGAAGUUGCUAAAGAUGAGCCGCAAUGCACCCCGCCUGUACUUCCUCUGUUUACAGAAGAUGCACAGCUUACUGGCCAAGCCGCAGGACGUGUCUACCACCUCCAACAUGUACCGAGACAGUAAAAUGGUGUCCAUCACGGACGCCCUCAAACUGGACUGUCCGAGAGAGCUCGUUAUGGACAUCCUGACCUACAAGCAUACCAUGCGCAACAAAUGGUCCCACCUCAUGUUUAGGCACCUAUGAAGAAGAAAGAAUGAAAGUUAAAGCAUUUAAUUGAUAUAUGUAAUAUAAAUUUAUUGAAAAGUUUUUUAGAUAAUAAAACACAGUCUUUUUCUUAUGCUCAUCCCCCUUCUUUUACUUAAAAAAAUCCGUUUCCAACAUUAUAGUAUUUUUGUUGACGAAUAUGGACGUACAAUACAAUAGAAGUUUGAAUGACAAUAUAGCCACUCAUCAAUGUACUUGUAGAAAAAAAAACUCGUUUAAUUUAUCUGACAACAUACAUCCAUUAAUGAGAUAAACAAUCUAGGCACUUG